AGGGCACAAAGGAGGCGCUCGCGAGCAGACUUCUGAGCGCUAAAAAGACAAAUGGGACACCCUACGGACUCGUAGACUUGGCGAGAACGCGCAAUUUAAGUCCACGAGACCGCAAGUGCGCCAUUUGGAGCAGGGCCAUAGACUCGUGCCGAGUGCCUUAUAGGUCUGCACUUCCUGACGUCACCAAGUGUGGACUAGGAGGAGGUCCACAAGACCGGAGUGCGCCAUACUACACCCAUACAUACUAUAUAGAACGUACUGUUUUAACGGUCGAUAGGUAGGUACUAUCUAGAGGGGAUACAGCUACCUCCACAGAGCUAAUCUAAUUUAUUGUAAUUUUAUGGCGAGAUUUUGCAUCACUUCCGGCCGUAGCUGUAUCUCUUCUUGCCUUAACAUCGAGCCUGGUCUGCUCAAAGUAGCUGCUUUGUAACUCGGUCAUUUCAUUAUUUUACCAUAUUUCAUCAGAAUGUUUUAUUUUGUUGCCAUGAUUUGUAUUAACAAAGCCUUCAGCAUCCGCUGCAGCAUGCCAGGACUGAAUCAUCGGUGCAGGUAAGCGUCAUGCGGAUGCUAGAUUCGCACAUUUGUUAAUUCACCCGAAUCCUCGAUAAGACACAAAUAAAUGAAUAACAUUUUUUUAGAGCCGUAACGUAUCAAAACUACAUCAAAUUUUUAAUGAAAACCUGGUACAUUUCCUAGUUAAAUGGUCAAAAUAUCAUUUAAAUCUCAUUUGUUAUAAUCAAUCAGUUAAAAAACGCAAUUAUGCACAUAAUUAUUACGUUUUUGUACUAUUGCAAUUAAUUACAAUAGUAUACUAUUGUUUGCAGAUCAAACUGACAUUAACUGGUUUUAAUAAAGUUUACCAAAACUCGAUUCGAAAAAAAGGUCCACUGUAAAAAUAGUAAAUACUAAACAUUGCAAACGAUCAAAACAGCAUUGCAUGCAUUAAAUUCAAUUACACUACAAAAAUAUAACAACUAUGAAAACAUAUGACAAAUACUGUUGUAACCAUUUUUAACAUUCUCUAAUUGUUUUUAAUAUUUUCAUUUUAACAAACUGUAUACAGUCGUUACAACCAGCAAUUAAAACUUAAAAUAACGUUCUAUGUUUGUGCUUUUGGAAAUGGACCUUUACAUUAAGCUUUUUAUUUGGAUGGUUGUCAGUGUAAUUGCUAUUAUGCAGUGCAUGCAGACAAAUGUGCUUUUUAACGCCUUGGUUUCACGUUAUAUUGAAAGCACAUACUGUAUGUAUUGUCUGUGUAGUCAGAUGUUGAUCUGAGAACGCUUUCAAGCCGGGGACACGUCACUGAAUCCAGUGAUUUCAGGUUUUUGGGCAAAAACUGAACCCCCAUUCCCCGCUGUGCUAAGAUUUAGGAUUAACGUUACCGUAGUUGCGGUAUUUUGUUUUGAUAACCGGUUGAACAAAUUUAGGGUUACAAGAGUAGUUUUCAGUUGAUAAUUUGCUAUGUUUUGCAUGAAUGGAGUGAAUUCCGCAUAUUUUCCAGGAAAUAAACAUAACGUUACGCAAUUAUUGAGAACACAAAUAUGUAUUUCGGGCUGCUUCCAAAACAAGAGAGAACUGUUGGAUUAAAAGAAUACUUUUUAUCCAUCUUAAAUGAAAAGAACCAUAAAAAACGCAGUUUGUAUUUUCAUAUUUUGUUCUAUUCUGUUCCUUUUGACAAGUGUGUGGUAAUGGCCAGCCAUGGCCCAAUGUAGUGCCGGCCAGGAGGAUGACAGAGAGGAACGGAAACCAUGGAUAAACACCUGUCCAAAUAUGUCCCUUACUUCACCCUGUUGGCACUGUCAGGACUUGUAUUCCUGCUGUGGAAUAUCACCACAGUGGAAAACUGGAACUGUCAGACAGCAUCUACUUUCUAUCAGCUUCAAAACAAUAUACAGUCUGUCUUGAAGACCUCUGAAAGGUUGCUUCCUGUGGCAUUCAACUAUUCGUACUGUUCACGCUUUGGCCAGGAGCCCAUCGAAGAGGAGGCCGGAGAGGAGGGUUAUCUUCUCAAAUUCAUCUCCUGGCCAGAGCCACCGGUUCUGGGACUCCCAUUACGUCAAAGUAGCGAUCCUGCACAAAGCUAUUAUAUAAUCCAAGACUCUGGGGAGCUGCAUGUUGGUGGGCAGCUGGUAGUAAAGGUGUAUGUCAACAAUUUUUUGGGUCAGCCUAAGAAACACGGAGGGGACUUCCUAGUAGCACGACUUCAUACACCAGAACUGGGGGCAGGUGUAGCGGGGCUGGUACGCGAUCACCGAAAUGGAAGCUACACUGUGUUUUUUCCACUGCUUUGGCCCGGUGUUGUGCUGGUGGAAUUGACAAUGGUGCACCCCAGUGAAGCUGUGAUGGUCCUCAGGCGACUGAGAGAGGAACAGUCGGACCGAGUAUUCUUCAAGAGCCUCUUCCGUUCCGGGUAUCUCUCGGAGACCACCGUUUGUAAUUUGUGUCUGCCGGUUAAACAGCAACCGCUUUGUAACUACACAGACCCCCAGACCGGAGAACCUUGGUACUGUUAUAAGCCCAAAUUGUUGGAUUGUGACACAAGAAUCAACCAUGCGAAAGGGGGAUAUAAAAAGUACCUUCUUACGCUAUAUGAGUCACAGUACUUUCAAAGUGAUGUAAAUAUAAAAAUUCCAAUACGCGCUGCAGGGACAGACAGUGUGACAGUUCUUCCUGCCGUUAAACGUACUGUGACACGUGGAAUCCCAUACACAUAUGUACAAAGUAAACGGAGACGCCUUGAAUUUACUCCCUCUGGGUUCUACCUCCGGGGGUUAUGGAGGCCUUUGAGUGGCGUUGUCAUGCGUCAGUUUAAUGACUCUUCUGCUGUAACGCAAUGUCUUAGAGGGAAGAAUGUGUACAUGUUUGGAGACUCCACUGUGCGACAGUGGUACGAGUAUCUUGUUGCCCGCGUCUCAGAGUUUAAGGAGCUCAACUUUCACAGCCCAAAAAAUGUUGGUCCAUACAUGGCAGUGGACACCAACCACAACAUCGUGUUGAGGUACCGCUGUCACGGUCCGCCGAUCCGGUUCACAUCCGUUUCCUCAGCUGAACUGCGCUACAUCUCUAAUGAGCUGGACAGUUUACGAGGGGGAUCGGACACGGUGGUCAUGAUUAGCAUCUGGUCACAUUUCAGCACUUUCCCGGUACAGGUGUACAUACGUCGGCUGAGACACAUCCGCAGAGCAGUGUUGCGGUUGCUAAACCGCGAACCAGCGACUUUGGUGCUGAUUCGCACAGCCAACCCCCAGAAAUUGGACCCAGAGUCUAGCUUGUACAACAGCGACUGGUUCUCCCAACAGCUGGAUACGGUCCUGCGGGUCAUGUUUAAAGGUCUAAAUGUCCGUUUCGUGGAUGCCUGGGAGAUGACACUUGCCCACCACCACCCUCAUCAGUUACACCCUCCACCUGCCAUCAUAUCAAACAUGGUUCACUUCAUCCUGUCACACAUCUGCCCGGUUAGGAAGAAGAGAAGGCGGGAUUUCCUCCCCAAGGCCAUCUUGGAAAAUGUCUCAUGAUUAAGAAAUCCGAGCCAUCAACUCAGACUUACAGCUGUACAUGAAUAAAAAAAACUAAAUAACAUGUAUAGAGAAAAAUGAUUAAUAAAUGAAGAGUGUGGUAUAUAAGAGUAUUACUAAAUAUCUACUGUAUGAGCAACAGGACGAUUUUUCUUUGCCUUGCUAAACAAGUAUUGCUUUGUUGUAAUGCUGCAUUCGCUUGUGGCUGUACAGCU